CGCGGUGGGCGGAGUUCUCUAUGUCUCCGCCCCUUACCCGGCGUGCUCUGCGUCCGCAGGCGCUGACGUGGCCGCCGUCAGAGCCGCCAUCUUGUGGGAGCGAAACCAACGCCUGGCUCGGAGCAGCAGCCGCUGAGGUGUCCCUGGCCAGUGUCCUUCCACCUGUCCACAAGCAUGGGGAACAUCUUCGCCAACCUCUUCAAGGGCCUUUUUGGCAAAAAGGAAAUGCGCAUCCUCAUGGUAGGCCUGGAUGCCGCGGGGAAGACCACGAUCCUGUACAAGCUAAAGCUGGGUGAGAUCGUGACCACCAUUCCUACCAUAGGCUUCAAUGUGGAAACCGUGGAGUACAAGAAUAUCAGCUUCACUGUGUGGGACGUGGGUGGCCAGGACAAGAUCCGGCCUCUGUGGCGCCACUAUUUCCAGAACACACAAGGCCUGAUCUUCGUGGUGGACAGCAAUGACAGAGAGCGCGUGAAUGAGGCCCGUGAGGAGCUCAUGAGGAUGCUGGCUGAGGAUGAGCUCCGGGAUGCUGUCCUCCUGGUGUUCGCCAACAAGCAGGACCUCCCCAACGCCAUGAAUGCGGCCGAGAUCACAGACAAGCUGGGGCUGCACUCCCUACGCCACAGGAACUGGUACAUUCAGGCCACCUGCGCCACCAGCGGCGACGGGCUCUAUGAAGGACUGGACUGGCUGUCCAAUCAGCUCCGGAACCAGAAGUGAAUGCGACCCCCCUCCCUCUCACUCCUCUCACCCUCUGCUUUACUCUCAUGUGGCAAACGUGCGGCUCGUGGUGUGAGUGCCAGAAGCUGCCUCUGUGGUUUGGUCACCGUGUGCAUCGCACCGUGCUGUAAAUGUGGCAGACGCAGCCUGCGGCCAGGCUUUUUAUUUAAUGUAAAUAGUUUUUGUUUCCAAUGAGGCAGUUUCUGGUACUCCUAUGCAAUAUUACUCAGCUUUUUUUAUUGUAAAAAGAAAAAUCAACUCACUGUUCAGUGCUGAGAGGGGAUGUAGGCCUGUGGGCACCUGGCCUCCAGGAGUCGCUGUGUUGGGAAAGCCAGGCAUGCUCUUGGCUUUAGAGCUGUGUUGAAAUCCAUUUUGGUGGUUGGUUUUUAACCCAAACUCAGUGCAUUUUUUUAAAUAGUUAAAAAUCCAAGUCGAGAACACUUGAACACACAGAAGGGAGACCCUGCCUAGCAUAGAUUUACGGCCUGGAUGCCAGUCGCCAGCCCGGCUGUUCCCCUUGGGAACGUGAGGCGGCGGGGCAGCAGACCGCGAUCAAUUCUGCAUGGUCACAAUAGAGAUCCCCGCAACUUGCUUGUCCUUGGGUCACCCUGCAUUCCAUAGCCAUGUGCUUGUCCCUGUGCCCCCAUGGUUCCCAGGGGCCAGGCUGGGAGCCCACAGCCACCCCACUCUCCCACAGGCCGCUACAGCCACCUUCAGGCAGCCUGUGGGAGACAGGGCCCCCACCUGUCCCUCGGUCAGCAUGUGGCCAGAGUGAGUCCGUCGUCCCCAAUACUCGUGCUCACUCAGACACUUUGGCAGGAUGUCUGGGGCCUCACCAGCAGGAGCGCGUGCAAGCCGGGCAGGCGGUCCACCUAGACCCACAGCCCCUCGGGAGCACCCCACCUCUGUGUGUGACGUAGCUUUCUUUCCCUCAGCCUGCAAGGGUCCGAUUUGCCAUCGAAAAAGACAACCUCUACUUUUUUCUUUUGUAUUUUGAUAAACACUGAAGAAGCUGGAGCUGUUAAAUUUAUCUUGGGGAAACCUCAGAACUGGUCUAUUUGGUGUCGUGGAACCUCUUACUGCUUUCAAUACACGAUUAGUAAUCAACUGUUUUGUAUACUUGUUUUCAGUUUUCAUUUCGACAAACAAGCACUGUAAUUAUAGCUAUUAGAAUAAAAUCUCUUAACUAUUUCA